CCUCAUAAGGACUCUUAGUGCGAGUGACAACCGUCAGCUGACUCUAUCCGGAAACGGUUCUCGAACAAAAGAAGGUUUCAUCCAGAAAGCUUGCUUUUCAGUCAUUUACGGAAUAUUAUCGAUGGAGUCGACGCUUGAACAGCAUCUUAAUGAUACCAUGAAGAAUCCAGCUGUGGUCGGAGUCCUCUGCACAGAUGAACAGGGACACAGUCUGGGCUGUCGUGGGUCGUUGUCCGAUGAACACGGCGGUGUUGUGUCGGUUUUGGCCAAACAAGCAGCAGCUCUCCCCAAAGAUCCAACAGACUCCCCAACUGUCUGCCUGGAGUCUGACUCAGGGAACAUUUUGGUGAGGAGUCAUGGGAGCAUCACAAUAGCAGUCCACAAGAUCGCAUCCUGAAGACACCAGGACUCUCGAGCAGUUUUAUUGUAAUAAGAUGAACACAUGAACAGAGGAAAAAUGUAUGCAAUCCAAACAAUUCUGGGAAACAGCAAACUUUACUUUGUGUAUUGAUUUGCUAAGUUUUUCAUUAUGUGCAUAUUUAGACGUAAAUAGCAGUGCUGGUUAUGUCAGUGCUAUUGUGCUGGUGUCAUGUUUGCUAUAUGCAGGCUUCUAUAAGCUGCCUGCCUCUGUCUCUUUUUGUCAGCAGAAUUGUUCUUAAACCCGAAGCAGCUCUGCAGUGAAUAGCAACCCUAAAUAAACUUUACCUUGACUUUGCAGCACUGCAUUCACCUCUGUGAUGCAGAACUGGUUUGACAAAUUGUAAUCAUGAACUGAUGCCUGUUUUAUUUGCUCAAUGCAAUUAAAGCAAGCAGCAGAAAGAUUAAAGAAGUUGUGUGUAGAUAUUUUGGGACCUGCAGUGUUUUGCAAAAAGCAUUCCCAUUUUGUGAUGUUACAUUCACAAGUUUCAGUGCGUUUCAUUUGGAUUUUUGUUGAUAAACACAAAUUAGUGCAUAAUUGCAAAGUGGGGAAACAAUAGUACAUGACUUAAAUAUAAAAUGAUAAAAGUGUGGUGUGCAUUUCUAUUUAGGCUGUCUUAAUAUUUUUGUAUAGCCACCUGUUGCUACAAUUACAGUUGCACGUCUCCUGAGGUAUAGUACCUUGCAAAAGUAUUCACUCCCUUGGCUUCGUACCUAUUUUGUUACAUUCUAAUCUGUAAUUUAAGUGUUUUUUUUAAUCUUAUGUAUUGUGAUGAAUCUGCACAACAUAGUUUAGGUUGAAGUAAAAUGAGAUAUAAAAAAUUCAGAAACCCCUAAAAAAUUCUGGUGCAACCAAUUACCUUCAAAAGUUGCAUAAUUAGUUAAAUGAAUUCCACCUGUGUGAAACUGUCACAUGAUCAGGAUAAACAAACCUUUUUUGGAAGGCCCUGUUAAAGCAACACUUGAGUGGUCUAUGGAGAAACAUUUAAAUGUUUGGCCUAGUCAAAGUUCAUACCUCUUCCCAAUUGUGCAUCUGUGGUCAGACUGAAAGAUCACUGUUCAUAAACAAAAACCAUCCAAUGCGAAGGAGUGGAGCAGUUAUGCCUUGAGGAAUGGGCAAAAUCCCAGUGGCAAGAUGUGGUGAGCACCUGGAGACUUAUCCAAUGCAAAUUGCAGCUGUAAUUGCCACAAAAAGGUGGCUCUACAAAGUACUGACUUUAGGAGAGGGGUUGACCAGUUAUGCAUGCUGAAGAUAUUUGUUAUUUUGUCCUCUUUGUUGAUUACUUCACAAUAAAAAAAGUAAUACAUCUUUAAA